AUGACAUCUACAACGAUUGACGUUCAUUUCAAGCAAACUGGUGAAACUAUACAUGUACCAGUGUCGUUGGGAUCAACGAUGAAAGACAUUAUUCAAUAUGUGUCUGAAAAAUCCAAGCUCAAUGGAAAAAUUGAUUGUGCUGACUAUUAUCUUGUUCUGUUACACAAUGACAAAUUCUUAAAGAAUGAAACGACUGUAGAAGAAACUGAAGUUCUCACUAUGGAAAAUGCGCGAUUUCAGUUGCGCGAGAAAAUAGAAAUACGUGAGCAAAUAGCGGCUCUUGUUAGUCGAAAUUCAAGUAUAGAUGAAGAUGAAAAUUUAGCAAAAGCACAAAUUCUAAUUAAUGACAAACAAUCAAUAGAAACAACCAAUGCAAAUGAGGAGCCAUUAAUGGCUAGUUCUGAAGAUGAUAUUUCAAAUAAUCCACCACACGAUCAACUUGUGACAGAAUCUAGCAUCGAGAAAACAUCAACACCCGAAUUACACUUAGCGCUUUCUAAUCAGCAAAAAAGCGAAGCAACUGUAGAAUGGCAACAAAACGACGUACCACCUAUGACUCGAUCUGAAACAUUAUCAAUUACUGGUUUGUGUAGAGAUAACUGUUCUGUCACAUGUGAAACGUUGCACUCUGUUGAUACGUCGGAAUCGAUUUCAACAGCAAAAACGACCUUGAACUCGAAUAUCUCUGAUUCAUGUUCAUCAUAUUCAUUAGAUGCCCAGUCUGCACAAGAAGAAAAUCUAACUCGCCGAAGUGCCUUAGCUGACACUUACUUAAAAGUGACAUCUGCAAUCAAAGAUGUGAUCGUGGCCGCUACUCGUGAUCCCAUAACACGUCGUGAUAUUUCUAGCAGAUUCAACGAAAUCAAUAUUGUCUUAUGCGGCUCACCGCGAGUUGGAAAAAGUUCAUUGAUCAAUGCUAUAUGCCAACGAACUUUGGCUAAAACAAGUGCUGGGCUUGGUUCCUGCACGCAUGCAAUCUCGCGUUAUAUCCUCAAAGGUAGCAGCGAGAAAGAAUCUGAAAUAAUAAACUAUCAAUAUAACUUCUGGGAUACGCCAGGAUUUGAAACUUGGACGCAAGAAGAAAUUCAAAAGCAUUUAGAACGCAUCUUUAAAAAGCCGAAAUCCGAUAUACUAUGCAUGAUCUACUGUGCAUCGCCAGGUUCUUUUGCAAAUCUACAACAGCUACAUUGGCUGCUAGAUGAAUGUAUGCGUAAACAAAUAUUUUGUGCUCUCGUGUGCACAAAUAAAUGGGGCGGGCAAAAAAAACAGCGCGACGCUAUCAUGAAAGAUUUUCAACGGUUACUCGAAAACUACAGUACCAAAACUCGAGAAGAAAAUGGUAUUAUCUACUUUGGUAAAAAAGGGUUGUGUACAGCUGUGAAUAGCGAGAAAUUUGUGGAUGAAGAUGUAGACAAGACGUUCGAACAGUCCGGCAUCGAUGAACUUAUUUUAGGUAUUAUGGAAUCACUCGACGACGAAAAAUUGCUUGCAUGGUGCAAAGUAGUGUUAGAAAACAAAUCGUUUUGGAAAAAUUUAUUUAAUUUUCCAGGACAACUAGAAUCCCUCUGGAACAGAUUGCUUCACAGCGCAUAA